AUGGGUGUUAGCUCAUUCAUACGCAACUCUCUCCCUCUCCCACCGCACGUCUACAAGGGCGAGGAGUAUUUCUGUCGGUUCACUCCGCGCAUCCACCGCGAUGCCCGUCUCGCGGACGCAGGGUCAUGGCAGUGCCAGGUCGACUUUCUGGAAUCCAGCAAGGCCGCUCGGGCGGGCGCGACUCGCAACAAAGAGGUAUCCAGCUACGCUGUGGGAUGCAUCAACCCGGUCGUCGGCAACUUCACUGCCUUGUGUGCCUGUGAAGCCUUAAGCGACCGCCUUGCGCUCACAACGUACAUGGUGGAGUAUGCCUAUAUCCACGAUGAUGUGAUCGAGUAUUCCGAGAAGAAGGAUGAAUCUCAGCUGGUGGUGGCGAAUCGACAACUCAUCGAAGGUCUCACACUAGACGGAGAAGUCGGUGAGGGCUCAAAGGACCAUGUCAGAAGACGACAGUUACAAGCCAAGAUGGUCAUGGAGCUUAUGGAAGUCGAUAAGGAACAAGCAAAGAAAUGCCUUCGUCUGUGGAAGGAAAUGUCGGAAGUGUUUGUUCAGAUUAGAGACAUGGACUUCACUGCCAUGGACGACUACCUCAAAUUCCGCGUAGUGGAUGCGGGCUGCCCCUGGACUAUGAGCCUGCUGUGCUUUUCCAUGGAUUUCACCUUAAACGACGAAGAAGAGGAGAAAACCUUGGCGCUCACCUGGGCAGCCUACGACGCCUGGGUUUUAGUGAAUGACUACUUUUCGUGGGAAAAAGAAUGGAAGAACCACGAGGCCAACGGUGGCAAAGGGAUGAUCGCCAACGCCAUCUUCCUCUUCAUGAAGUGGUAUUCCGUCGACGCGGAGGAAGGUAAGAAGAUGUUGCGAAAGGAGAUCCUCGCGCGCGAGGAAAAGUACUGCAAGGCCAAAGACGACUUUUUGGCGAGCGCUGAUGCGACGGACAAGACAACUGAGUGGCUCGAGCUGCUCGAUCUGGUGACGGCGGGGAACUUCGCUUGGAGCAUGACGACUGCCCGCUACCGAUUUGGCGCUGAAGACUCAUAUCCAGCUCUAAGAGCCACGUGCUCAGAGACCGCGGAUUCUGGCAUCACGGACAGUCUUGGUAGCCCGAUUUCACUCAACGCUGCGACGAUGGCGGACAAGAUCGACGUGGUCCUGAAAGACCGUAGGUACCUCGACUAUAGCAUUCGAGAGCGUCGGACUUCGAAACCUGAGCCAAAAGCGGCGGACCGGCAAUCGAUUGAUCCUCCCGAGAAAAUCGAAUACAAGAAGAACCAAGUUGUCCAUCUUCAGCAGUAUGAGGAGAUAGCCCUGCAGCCUCAAGAAUACUUGGAGAUGAUGCCGUCGAAAGGGGUCAGAAAUGCGGUGAUAGACGGCCUAGAAGUUUGGUACCACGUUCCUGAACGGUCACUCUCAACUAUUAGAGAAAUCGUAAAAUUACUACACAGCUCCUCCCUCAUGCUGGAUGACAUUGAGGAUAACUCCCCAUUAAGGAGAGGAUUUCCAUCUACGCAUGUCGUCUUUGGUGUCAAUCAGACCCUCAAUUCCGCCAACCUACUAAUAAUGAAAGCCCUGAAAGCCGCAGAGUCACUUUCGCCCCAUGCUGUGCGCAUUUUUAUAGACAGACUCACUGAUGGGCAUAUCGGUCAGGGGCUAGACCUCCACUGGACGCACAAUACGGAGAUACCCACCGAGGAAGAAUACUUUACUAUGGUCGAUGGAAAAACCGGAAGCCUCUUCAUCAUGCUAGCCGAACUGAUGCGCUCCGAAGCUACGAAGCACAAAGACCUCGACGCCGGCCUUCUCAUGAAACUCGUCGGCCGCUUCUUCCAGGCGCGCGACGACUACCAGAAUCUCCAAUGCGAAGAGUACACCAAAAAGAAAGGGUUCGCCGAAGACAUCGGCGAAGGCAAGAUCUCGCUCCCGCUGAUCCACGCCUUCCGCUCCAAGUCGCCGCACCGCAGCCGCCUGCAGAGCAUCCUGCAGCAGCGGAAAGCGGGCAACGGCCUCUCGCCAGAGGUGCGCAAGCUCGCGCUCGACGACAUAAAAGCGACGGGCGGGCUCGAGUACGCGAAGAAGACGACGAUUGAGCUGCAGGAGGCGGUCAAUGAGACGCUUACGAUGUACGAGAAUAAGGUGGGCGAGAAGAAUUGGCUGUUGCGGUUGGCGCAGAAAAGGUUGGAGAUAGAGGUUUAG